UUUAUUUUAUUUUUAAACGCGCGAGCGGCUGAACGCGCGUUGCUUGUAAUUUCGCGGUGCUCGAAGCGCGCAGGCGCUUACGCACGCCGUUCCAAAAUGGCGGCCGAAUUACAUCGAGUCUGAUUUUUUUUUAUUACGAACAAAUCGAAAUUGUUUAAGUGAACCGAUAAGAACAAGCAAUUUUUUCAAAGUAAGCGGAAAGUCGUUGUCACAAGUAAUUUUCAUUUGACCGUUCCUUAUCGGUUUAAUACGAACAUUCGCUAAGUAUAGUGAUGCAUAAAUAUUGCAUGUUUAUAACAGUACCUACAUUAUAUUCACUGCCUAGCCAGGUAAAUCAGAGGAAUUAGAAGAUUGGGGAAUCGAUCUCAUCAAAAUGGUCCCAAAGGGGUGAACCUACCAAAAUAAGAAAAAAUCGAUUCAAGGCUUUUGGGUAAGGAUCGAGCGCGGCUAUUCACGCGGUCGACCUUACUAACAGGUGAGGCGGCCACGCCACACAGAACAUGAUACUAAGGUUACCGUGCCCUUUUACGCAGACGUCGCUAGCCAGUUUACGACAAGCGCCCGCAUCCGGCCACUCCGCCGGGCCGGCCUGGUGGACCAUGAUGAACGGGGUCGGCGGCGCGCUCUACGAGGAGGCGCACGCGUCGCCGCCCGGUGGCUCACCCCCAGCAGCUCCUGCGGCCGCACCACCUUCGGCCUCCAGCGCCUCGCCCGCUUCAGUCGGCUCCAACCCACCACAACCGCCGUUGCACAUUCCGGCUAAGCGCUACGAGCCCGAGCCCGGCGUCAUCCGGCAUGCUCAGCAGCCCUGGGGCUAUCCUCCAGAUGCUCCCGGCUCAUUCGAACAUCAGUACCCCAGCGCCCCUACAUAUUAUAAUUUACCUGUCGAAAGAGAGCGCAAGUCGACUCUCCCCUUUUGGCCAACCAGCAGUGGUGAAUACAAACCAUACGCUGAUGGAGGCUGUCAUCAGGGUUUCUCGCAGCCCUGCUGGAACUAUCCGUAUGGCACACCUAGAGGCGAUCAACCUCUGCCCUACGUCAGCGGAGAAGAACGACGAGCUGCAGUCUCCGAGGCGUCCGGGUUCUCUCAUGAUGCAUAUGGUCUACGAAAUUACGCACCAGAGUCAGUUUCUGGCGCACCGUAUCCGCCACCAGGUUCUCUACCCGGUUCUCUGUCAAUGUCGGUCGGAGUCGGGGUGGGGUGUGGAUCCUCGAACCCUCUGGAUUGGACUGGUCAAGUGACGGUGCGCAAAAAACGCAAACCAUACUCGAAAUUUCAAACUCUCGAACUGGAAAAGGAAUUCCUUUUCAACGCGUAUGUCUCCAAACAAAAGAGAUGGGAGCUCGCGAGAAAUCUGAAUCUAACCGAGAGACAAGUGAAGAUAUGGUUCCAGAAUAGACGAAUGAAAAAUAAGAAGAACUCACAGCGACAGGCGGCGCAAGCUGCCCAGAACAACAACAACAAUUCAAAUGCGAACAACCACAACCACCACGCGGGCCACCACCACGCACCGCACCACGUGGCGCUGCACCAUCCACCGCCUGCGAAACAUCAUCAGUGACCCGCGCCCUUCUCUGGGACUUACCCCCUUCAUCACGGUAUAGCCAGCUAAAUUGUAUGAUUCAUGAAGGAAGUACCUAUCGUAGGGCCUAAAUGUGGAAUGUGGUCGUACUUUAAGCGAGAUUAUAAUCACGUCCAAUGUUUGUUACCUGAUAGACUAGAAUUGACCGGAGGAACGUUGUAUGCGCUAUAUCGUUUGUAUCGCAACGUGUUGGACGCUAAGUCAGUGCCGCGUGCGCCGCAGGUCCCAGAGAAACUCGUACUAAGAUUAUUGUGUUGUCGAUUUGUGUAUAGUAUUAAUUACGAAAUUAUGUUCUGUAAUUGUAUCGAUUAAGUACGUUAGUAGAUAACGAUUCCUGAUGUGAGUUAUGUCUAGUAAUAGCGCUGAUUAUUGUAUUUGAAAGGUUAUUUAAGUACGAAUAAAACCAUUAAAGACGUCACCGAUGAACUAUAGUUUUUAGAUAGUUUAUUGAAAUGGAAAAUUUGUAAAAUAUUUUGUGAGACUGCUUAUUGUUGUAUUCGUAACGCUGUUCAAGUGGUGGACUAGUUUUAAUCAGUUAACAUUUAUUUUUCGUUACCAAAAUUGUUGAACGACUCGGGUUGCUUUGGUGGCAGUUAUAAAUAUCUCUUCACAAAACUUGUAUAUUUUAUGUUUAACUAUAGAUGUAUUAGCAGCCAUUUUAAUGUAAGAGUAUCACUUACUAUUACUAUUAUCAUUAUAAUGUUCUAUUAACUGAUCGCAUGUCGACUAGAUCAAAUAUUUAUAACUGUUUAACUUCUUAUACCAUAAUUCGUAAAUUUCGUUAUUUAAAUUAUGGAUUUCUGAUAAAGCUUUAACUCGGUUCCAGUAGAAUUGUACAUUUAGUUACUGUUAUAACUUUAUUUAAUAUUGAAGUUGAUGUUAUAUCAAGGUUAGUUAGUGUGGGCAAGUGCAUUAUAAUUGUCCUAAAACGAUCAUCUAUCUGUUUUCUGAAAUCUAUUAUUAUUUUUGAUUUUUUUUUAUUGUUUAUUUUAUUAUUUAUUUACAUAAAUUUAUAGCUGCGAAUAAAAUAUAUUAUGUUUCAUCAAUUGAAAUCAACGAAUACUUUGCUUUACUUACGUUGUUUCUUUAUUAUUCGAUAUUUUUAUUGUUUUAUUAGUGCCUAAUGAAUUCUUUGAAUCAUCCCAGUUCUAGAAUUAAUUCUUAAACUUACUAUUUAGCUCCCUGUCUACUUUUACGUACAUACUAUAUCUAUUUAAUCUAAUAAAUGUUUUACGGUAAAUUUAGUAGUUUACUCGAAUCUAUCUCAUUAAACUGUAUUGUCCCGUAAAUUUGAUAGUAAUUAAAUAUUAGGUGUUUUGUACAAAAUGGCGACCUCAUCUAGGUAACCGAAUUUCUAUGUAAAUGAAAGCAAUUGUUCUGAUGCAUUGCAUUUAACUUAGUCGGAUCCGUUUAAAUAAAAAUCGUCAACAGUGGAGCAUUUACACUGUACGUUAACUCUUUGAAUGUUCCAUUUAUCUGAAAAGCGAACGAAAUCGAUGUUAGAAUAAAACUGCGACCAUAUGUCGGCGAAGUACUUAGUAGUAAUUUGAUUGGUUAUUUCAAGUACAUGAUGUACGCUCGUUACUUAUAAGAUGACGCUUUUCAGAUGAAAUAUAUAAUAAUAGCUUACAACAUUAUGAACUGUUACGCAACGACAUCAGUAGAACCUAACUGCGUCUAGUACCGUACAUAUAUUAUGUAAUUUUAAUAAUUAUGAAGGUCUCGUAACUAUUACUGUACAGUUAAAUUAAUGUAGUUAAUCACGGCAGAAAUAUGACGUUUUGUUAAGUAUAAUCUAUGAUUAAAUAUGAAUGUGCUCCCGACAGUUAUGACGAAUUUAGAAAGAAUGUACCAUGAAAAGGGAAAAAUUAAAUACUUCGUCGUGUC